AUGUCUUCACCAGCCACAACCACCGUGACAACAACCGCAAGCAAUUCGGCACGAGCCUCUCCGGCCUUCUUUCUCGACAAUACGGCCUCGAGUGAUACCGAUGAUUUUCGACCACCGCUGAGGUUAUUUUUACAAAAAUUAUUCUGUUUUUAA